AUGAACGAACACAGAUCAAGGGAUUACGACUAUCUGUACAAAAUAAUACUAAUUGGAGAUAGUGGUGUGGGUAAGUCAUGUAUUUUGUUACGUUUUUCAGAUGACCACUUCACAGAAAGCUAUAUAACCACCAUAGGAGUGGAUUUCCGUUUCAGAAGGAUAAAAGUAGGAGAUAAAAUGGUAAAGCUACAAAUAUGGGAUACAGCUGGGCAGGAGCGAUUCAGAACCAUAACGUCAGCCUAUUAUAGAGGAGCGGAUGGAAUAAUUAUUAUAUAUGACACGACCGAUAGGAACUCCUUCCUGCACAUCAAGGAAUGGAUAAAUGAAAUAAACAAAUACACGACUGAGGAGACAUGCAAACUGCUGGUUGGAAAUAAAUCUGAUUGCAAAGACGAAAUGGAGAUUUCUACAACGGAAGGAGAAAACAAGGCGAAGGAGUUGGGUAUUCCUUUUAUUGAAACAUCUGCUAAGGAUGCUACGAAUGUUGAAUUGGCUUUCACCAUGAUAACUGAGGAGUUGAUUAAAAAAAAGAAGAAGAAGAUCGUCUCAUCACUGGGCGCUCAGCAAUCCAAGGUGAAGUUGUCUGCGGAGGACCAUGGCCCUGGCGCACUUUGCUCCUGCUGA